CCGCCCGCGGAAGCGCCCGCGCCCCGCCCUCGCCUCCGCCCCCGCCCCCGGGGUGGCGCGGUGGUGGGCGGGGCAAGGCGGCGACCCCUGCCCGCCCGGGUGCGCUGGCUGCGGGCGGGCUGCCUGCUCCCUACGCGUUGGCCGGGCAGCCGGCCCGGCUGAGCGCGGAGGAGCCGGGCGCCAUGGCCUCGGGGCCGGGGCGGCUGGCGGCCGGGCUGCUGGUGAACCUGGUCGCCUCCAUCUGCAUCGUGUUCCUGAACAAGUGGCUCUACGUGCGGCUCGGCUUCCCCAACCUGAGCCUCACGCUGGUGCACUUCGCCGCCACCUGGCUCGGCCUCGGCCUGUGCCAGGCGCUGCGCGUCUUCGCCCCCAAGAGCCUGCGGCCCCGCCAGGUGCUGCCCCUGGCGCUCAGCUUCUGCGGCUUCGUGGUGUUCACCAACCUGUCCCUGCAGAGCAACACCAUCGGCACCUACCAGCUGGCCAAGGCCAUGACCACGCCGGCCAUCGUGGCCAUCCAGAGCCUCUUCUACGGCAAAGGCUUCCCCCUGCGCAUCAAGCUGACUCUGAUUCCCAUAACUUUAGGUGUAUUCCUAAAUUCCUAUUAUGAUGUGAAGUUUAACUUCCUUGGAAUGGUGUUUGCUACCCUUGGUGUUCUAGUAACAUCCCUUUAUCAAGUGUGGGUAGGAGCCAAGCAGCAUGAGUUGCAGGUUAACUCUAUGCAGUUGCUGUACUAUCAGGCACCAAUGUCCUCUGCCAUGUUGUUGUGUAUCGUACCCUUCUUUGAGCCAGUAUUUGGAGAAGGGGGGAUAUUUGGACCCUGGACACUUUCUGCUGUGUUAAUGGUGCUGCUUUCUGGUAUAAUAGCCUUUAUGGUAAACUUGUCCAUUUACUGGAUCAUUGGAAACACAUCACCUGUCACAUAUAAUAUGUUUGGACACUUCAAGUUCUGCAUCACUUUGUUGGGAGGGUACCUGUUGUUUAAAGAUCCACUGUCACUUAAUCAAGUCCUUGGGAUUUUGUGUACUUUGUUAGGCAUUUUAGCUUAUACCCAUUUCAAACUUAGUGAGCAGGAAGGGAGUAAGAGUAAACUGGUUCAGCGUCCAUAAAUCAAGAUAUUCUGGAGAUAAUAAACCUUCAAAGGGAAGGAAAACUGGUAUUAAAUAUGCACUGAUUGUAAAACGGGCAAAAUAGUUGAAAUAAAAUUUGUAUUAGUAUUAUCACCAGGAUUAUCAUGCUGAAAAAAAAUAAAAUGAAUCAUUACAUAAAACAUAUUUGCCAUCUUAGUCCAGCCUAUAUUUAAAUAGUAAAAAGAAAAGGAGGACUUGUGGCACCUUAGAGAAGUACUCCUUUUCUUUUUGCGGAUACAGACUAACACGGCUGCUACUCGGAAACCUAUUUAAAUAGUAACAUUUAAAAAAAAAUGAUCAAGUAGUCCAAGUCAAAUUAGAAUGGAAAUUCUAUAGACUUAAUUACGACUUUCACACUUAAAUCAAAUGAGCUCAUCUUGAUUAAUGUUACAGUAAAUGCUGAAGGAAUUAAUUUUGCCCUUUGUGAUAUCAUGCCAGUGUUACUAUUAUAAAAAAAUCUUGUUCGAAACACUUAUAUGCAGAUAUUCUGGUACAUGACAGCACAUGCUUCCUGUUUGUCUGGUAGAUUAAAAGGCAACUUGCUUUUUUUUGUUUUGGUGUUUUGUUUUGUUUUUUUAAACUGUCAAACAUAAUUCUGAUUCUGACAUGCUUGCUUACGUGUUUGGCAUAACUAUCUGAAUAACUUUCAGUAGAAGGGAUCAGAUAAAAUUAUUAGUGGAGUGGAGACUCACGCAACCGAUCUAACUAGUUAUCAAUUUGAACCAAAACCGAACACCCCAAACUUUGGGAAAGUUGGAAACCGGCUCUGAAUUUUGCAGCUCAAGUUCAUCUGUAGAUCUACCAAGAUAUUUAGUAAGUCACUAGUGUUUUGGAAAACAUUCUAUUUCUGCGUCAUGAUUUUCUAGUGUCAAAAACGUUUUUUCACAAGACUUUUUGAACCUUCGUGGGCUUAGUAAAGCUACAUAGCUUGCUUUAAUUGCCAAAUGAAAAUGGUUUUGCAAGUAACAUCCACCUGUUUUGGGCAGCAGAUAAACCAUGCCAAGACUCGGUCCAAAGAAAUCUUUCUAAAUUAAAAAAAUCUAAGUAGGUAGGAUGUGGGAGUUGAACCUCCUGUUGUUCUAAUCCUUUCCCUAAUGUGUGCCUAUAGUUCCCUCAAAAGGGCAAGGUGCAUCCUAUAUUUGCAUCCUAUAUCCUACCAUUGUUACUGUUUGUAUAGGGAAAGGCCAAUAGGCUGCUGAGAAAUUUAAUUUCUGUCAUGCAGCCCAUAAUAUGCUGGAAAGACAAUCUCUUCAGGGAAAUCUGCAGCAGGUGAUGACCUUGGGAUGACCUUGGGAUGGGCAUAGAUUCCACUGUAAAUUGCGGGUGCUUUGAAGAUUAUCUUGGGCCAGAGCUGUGCAUAGUUUUUGGGCCAUUUGGAAAGGCGGUUUUGAGGACUAUAUGAUAGAAAAUUGAAAGCUGCAUCAAUUUUCCUGCUUUCAGUAAAUGUGGUAGAAACAUACAUUUGCCAGAUUGGCAAGUGAUUAGAAUUUAUUCGCAUUACUGCACUGGCAUUUUGUUGUUUUAUCUUCAUUUAUUUAUAGUUGCUUUAAAGAGAAAAAUCAUAUGAACAGAAACAUGUGUUUAGGUUUUACAGCCACCAACAUAAAUGGUUGGGUGGGUAGUUCUUCUAAGCUUUUUUUACAGAUUAAAUUAUCAGAAACCUUAAUGCUAUGAUAAUGUGCAAGAAGCAAUCUCAAUCAAGUUAUUUUUACAAUGAGGCUUGUUUUCAGGCUUGUACCUUGUUCAGUUUCCGGACUUUGAUUUUUAAAAACAAUUUCUCUUGUGUAUCUUAAAUUUACAUCAGAUUACUCUGUAUUGUUUCAGUAUUCUAAACAGUUGACAUCUUUACCAACGGUAUCUGAGGCAUUGUACAGGUUGAAGGAAAAUUUAUUUUGUAUACAUUUUUAUAAAUCUAUAAUUUGUUAGAAUUUAAAGACAAAUAUGGACUGCUGAGAUGUGCAGAACAGUGCAGUCUUUAGGUGCAUAUUCUUCAGUACAUGCACUGAGAAAAGAGUUUGCAAUGAUUUGUGCUGUGCACAAGCUCUUCUAAAAUGUAAAUACAUCACGAGGAUGUUCUUAGGAUUAGAAAUAAGAUGCCUGAAAAGCCUGUGUGAUGACAAAAUCUGAGAUGGGAUUGAUGUAUAUAACGAGAAAAGAACUGAAUGAAAAUGUAUGAUGGUGCAAAUGAUUUUCACCACAGCAUCUGAUCUUCAAAAUGGCAAAAGAAAAUUAAGUAAGUAAUUCAAAAGCAUUGGUGACUGAAAAGGCUACAUUAUAAAUAUAGUCUGUUGCUGGAAAAUGUACAAGUUCUGUAGGUCACUGAAGUGACUGGAUUUUUUUCAGAUAUUUAACAGUUCUACUUUGGGUUUUACCUAGUAUGACUGAUGAAUAAAACAAUUCUUGAACUUC